GGUGCCUAUGCCUAAUUGAGGAUCAAUGUCAAAUGAUAGCAUGAAAUCAAUGGAUAUGCACAUGAGCUUCUACUGGGGUAAUGAUGUAACAGUUCUGUUCUCCGGGUGGCCUGAAAGCAAUUCCGGCAUGUAUGUAUUGGCGCUCCUCUUCGUUCUGCUGCUAGCCGCUGGUAUUGAGGUUCUGUCUAUGUUAUCAGCAGUUGAACCUGGCACCAGGCAAAUAUUUGUAGCUUUCACUCAUGCCAGUGUUUACUUUGUUCGAAUGUGCUUUGCUUACAUGUCCUACAAUAUUGGAAUCUUCAUAGCUGCCAAGCUGGCCAUUCUAUCGGGUUCUUCAUCGUCAAGUUUCGUGCUUUGGCUAAGGACACCGAGCAGCGGUACGUCUCCCAACGGCAUCCCUUCUAAAAUUUGAUAGUAUUAUAGUACUGAUAGCGUUGCCCGAGCUUAAC